CUUGCCCGGGGACCCAUUAACUCCGCUCCCGCAGUUCAGCACCCGGAAGACCACCUCGGGCACUGCCUCCCCGCCGGCCGCGCGCGCCCCGAGGCCCCGCCCCCCUUGCAGCCUCUGCCUCCCGGCGGCUCCCCAUGUUUCUCCGAACGAGUGUGGCCGCGCUCACUCCUCUUUUCCACGCUCUUCGGUCUGCUCCUGUCGCCGCCAUGAGCACUGGCACCUUCGUCGUGUCGCAGCCGCUCAAUUACCGCGGCGGGGCCCGCGUGGAGCCGGUGGACUCGUCCGGCAUCGAGAAGGCGUUCGAGCCGGCAACGGGCCGAGUGAUAGCUACUUUCGCAUGUUCUGGAGAAAAGGAAGUAAAUUUGGCUGUUCAGGAUGCAAAGGCUGCCUUUAAAAUAUGGAGUCAGAAAUCUGGCAUGGAGCGUUGCCGAAUCCUUUUGGAGGCUGCCAGGAUAAUAAGGGAACGGAGGGAUGAAAUUGCCAAGGUGGAGACCAUCAACAAUGGCAAGUCCAUCUUCGAGGCCCGCUUCGACAUUGACAUUUCCUGGCAGUCCCUGGAGUACUAUGCAGGCUUGGCUGCAUCCAUGGCUGGCGAACAUAUCCAGCUCCCAGGAGGAUCCUUUGGUUAUACCAGAAGAGAACCACUUGGCGUGUGUGUGGGAAUAGGAGCCUGGAACUACCCCUUUCAGAUUGCCUGCUGGAAGUCUGCUCCAGCUUUAGCUUGUGGUAACGCCAUGAUCUUUAAGCCGUCUCCCUUCACACCUGUGUCUGUCUUGCUGCUGGCUGAAAUCUAUACUGAGGCUGGCAUGCCUCCUGGGCUCUUCAACGUGGUGCAAGGAGGGGCUGCCACAGGCCAGUUUCUGUGUCAGCAUCACGAUGUGGCCAAAGUCUCCUUCACUGGAAGUGUGCCCACUGGCACGAAGAUCAUGGAGAUGUCAGCGAAAGGAAUCAAACCUGUUACCUUGGAACUUGGAGGCAAAUCUCCACUGAUCAUCUUCUCAGACUGUGAUAUGGAGAAUGCUGUGAAGGGGGCGCUGAUGGCCAACUUCCUCACGCAAGGCGAGGUUUGUUGUAAUGGCACAAGGGUAUUUGUGCAAAAGGAAAUUCUUGAUAAGUUUACAGAGGAAGUGGUGAAACAGACCCAAAGGAUAAAAAUUGGAGAUCCCCUUCUGGAAGAUACAAGGAUGGGUCCCCUGAUCAACCGGCCACACCUGGAGCGAGUCCUCGGGUUUGUUAAAGUGGCAAAGCAGCAGGGUGCUAAAGUGUUAUGUGGUGGAGACCUGUAUGUACCUGAAGACCCCAAAUUAAAGGAUGGGUAUUACAUGAGACCUUGUAUAUUAACUAAUUGCAGAGAUGACAUGACCUGUGUGAAAGAAGAGAUCUUUGGACCAGUUAUGUCCAUUUUAUCAUUUGACACUGAAGCUGAGGUUCUGGAGAGAGCCAAUGAUACCUCUUUUGGACUAGCUGCUGGUGUCUUCACCAGGGACAUCCAGCGUGCUCACAGAGUGGUGGCUGAGCUUCAGGCUGGAAUGUGCUUCAUUAACAACUAUAAUGUCAGCCCAGUGGAGCUGCCCUUUGGUGGAUAUAAGAAAUCAGGGUUUGGCAGAGAGAAUGGCCGUGUGACAAUUGAGUAUUACUCACAACUAAAGACUGUGUGCGUGGAGAUGGGUGAUGUGGAAUCUGCUUUUUGAAAAUGUGCAGUGGAACCAGUCACCGUGGCCAAGCUCUGGACUAAUGAGAAUCGGCUCUCUUGACGAGAGGCAGUGCCAUUUAAAAUCCGUGCUGUUUUAAAUCCAGGGUUUUGGUCAGUCAGGUUAAGAGAAUGGAUCAGUGUUAUUCUUCAUCACUCAAUCAUCUUCCUAAUUGAAAAUGUGUGUAAGUGCCUUUGAGAUACUAAUCAAGAAAGCUGUGAUUUUCCUUAAAGCAAAUUUCUGUGAUGUCUUUAAGACCCAGUAACAUACUUCUGGAGAACAGAGAGAGUGGCACCAGGGUUAUGCUUCGUCCACAGAUUUGACCCACUGAUGGUGUUCAUUCUUUAGCUUCCUUGAGAGAACUUCUUCCCUUAGAGGGUCCUGGUGAGAUGAGGAGAGAUGAUUUCUGCUCACUGACGUUUUAAGCUCUGUCUCCUGUCAUUCCAUUGAGAAAGUGGACAGUCGGGUUAGAGGGGAUCAGAUAGUGGACGGGGUCAGCUCUGUGUGACUGUUGACUUGCCAGAGCGAGCGCUUGGUUUCCAUUCAGUGCUGUGGUGGAGGAAGCCUGUCUCGAGUCCUUGAACCACAGCGUGCUCUCUUAGGACAGAAGGGUUACCUUUCAAGUAUAUGUAUUAUUUGUUUGCUCCUAUAGUAUACUGAAGUUCAAUAAAUCGUACUGUUAAUCCUU